GUUGAGGAAGACGAAGAACUAGCGGCAUCCAUCACAUCAGAGCUUUUAAAUAAUGCCAGCAAACGCGUUGAAGCUGAACUGAUCAUCAUCGGUUAGUUAGUGAUUAGAUUAGAUUUGUUCAUUUUGCGGCGGGCCGGCGAUGGACGGGAGGAGAAUAACCGCGGCCCCACGACCUUGCAGCGAGCGGCGAGUGGCGGCAAAGAAGCGCCGCCGCGCCGGUUCCGACGGGUCAAUGAACACCGUCAAGAAGCUUCAGAGGAGGGAGAUUUCCUCGAAGCUCGAUCGGGCUUUUAGUAUGAAGGAUGCGCCCGAGCGAUUUCGUAACAUUCGCUUACAGGAGGAAUAUGAUACACAUGAUCCAAAAGAGCAUUUUGUCAAUGCACUUCCAUUUUUUACGAGAAGGACUAGAAUUAUUGAGAUUGUUGCUGCCCACAACAUUGUUUUUGCUCUUGCGCGAUCUGGAAUCUGUGCAGCAUUUAGCCGAGAGACAAACAAGAGGAUAUGUUUCUUGAAUGUCAGUCCGGACGAAGUAAUACGAAGUUUGUUUUACAACAAGAACAAUGAUUCUCUCAUCACUGUUUCAGUAUAUGCUGCAGAUAAUUUUAGCUCCUUAAAGUGCAGGAGCACUAGGAUUGAAUACAUAAAAAGGGGUCAACCAGAUGCUGGCUUUGCUCUUUUUGAGUCCGAGUCAUUGAAAUGGCCUGGUUUUGUGGAGUUUGAUGAUGUCAACGGGAAAGUAUUAACUUACACUGCCCAAGAUAGCAUAUACAAGGUUUUUGAUUUGAGGAAUUAUACAAUGUUGUACUCCAUAUCAGAUAAAAAUGUCCAAGAGAUCAAAAUCAGCCCUGGAAUCAUGCUGUUGAUAUAUACCCAAGCUAGUUGUUAUGUUCCAUUGAAGAUUCUUUCUAUUGAGGAUGGGACGGUUCUCAAAUCUUUCAACCAUCUGCUUAAUCGGAAUAAGAAAGUGGAUUUCAUUGAGCAGUUCAAUGAAAAGCUACUUAUCAAGCAAGAGAAUGAGAAUCUUCAGAUUCGUGAUGUCUGCAGUUCAGAGUUGACAGAAGUGAGCAGAACUGAGUUCAUGACCCCAUCGGCGUUCAUAUUUCUGUAUGAGAACCAGCUGUUCUUGACGUUCAAAGACAGAACCGUUGCGGUUUGGAAUUUCAGGGGCGAACUUGUAACUUCAUUCGAAGAUCACCUUCUAUGGCAUCCUGACUGUAACACUAACAAUAUUUACAUUACUGGAGAUCAGGACCUCAUUAUCUCCUACUGCAAAGCUGAUUCUGAAGAUCCCCUAUCUGAAGGAAGUGCAGGUUCCAUCAAUGUCAGCAACAUACUGACAGGAAAGUGCCUGGCCAAAAUAAAAGCAAUCAAAGGCGCGACACCUGGCGAUUGUGAUGAUAGCCACAUAAGACAAAACGAAUCAAAGCGAAUCCGAGCGUCCAGAGUUAGGACCUCUGUUGCAGAAGCACUGGAAGAUAUCACUGCACUCUUCUAUGAUGAAGACCGCGACGAAAUCUAUACCGGGAACCGGCUUGGCCUGGUUCAUGUUUGGUCUAACUGAGAGUUACAGCCUUUGCUUGUUGUUUCUCCUCCACAGUACAGAUAUGAAGGGUUUGUAACAUUAGACCUCCAAAGUUGCACGGAUUCUUUACGUGCAACAUGUAACUAGCCCUAUGUUUGUGUCAUAUAUUUGGCAUUCAAUAGUGUAUAUAUAGUUGAUGGUUUGUAUUUGGUUUCUUCUAAGGGGCAAAAGCCCCUUUGAAUAAGACAAUACUAACCCCAUACAUUAUUUGUGAUGGAUAGUGUAAAGUUUUUAAUCUUGUAAGCUUUCCCACCUCUUGUUAUAGAUGGAUGAAUUGUUAUACUUAUGGGUUC